AUGACAAGCAGCACUUGGAAGAACAUUGCGCUGGACCAAUUCGCUCGAAAGCUUGGGUCCACUUCUACCGAAGUAUCGUCGGUUGCGCUGGGAGGCAAGAUCCUAUCCUUCAGCGACGAAUGGUUUGCUCCCGCAUCCGAUCUGCUCAAAGUGAGUGACAGACAGAAGAGCAUCGUCUCGAAGUCGACUCGCGCGUUGGAUGCGCCCAGCAAGCGCAAGCGCUGACCGUUCACGUCGUGAUCAGGUGGAGGCUGCCCCGAGCCUCAAGGGACAAUUCGGACCCAAGGGAGCUCUCUUUUCGGGCUGGGAAACUCGAAGACACAAUCCUACAUUCGACUGGGUCAUUCUGCGUCUAGGCCCAGCAGCCGGUGCUCAGAUACUCGGAGUAGAUGUCGACACGGCUUGGUUCAAUGGUAAUGAGGCGCCCGAAGUCGAAGUGUGGGCAUUGCACCUCGAUGAGAAUCAGCCUGUCGAGGAAUCCGACAGCAGAGUAAGCUUGCAUUGUGUCGAAUCCUGUUUGACACGAGCCCAGUCUUACUGACAAUCGUGUUCGCAUCCUUCAGUGGGUUUCAUUGCUUCAUCGAGUUCCUUGCGGUCCAUCAGCGCGUCAUCUCUGGAUCACACCGGACGAAAAGCCUACGGAGCAGGUCUUUACGCACAUCAAGCUGCGAAUGAUUCCAGACGGAGGUAUUGCUCGAUUUCGUGUGUAUGGUACAAUCACUGCGCCACCACUUGGCCAAGGCUUUGAGGAGCAGACCCCUACUCAUGCUGAGCCGUCGGUUGAGGCUCUGAACCUGAGCUCGCUCGAUUUGGCCCACGUGCUCAACGGCGGCAGAGUCGUCUUGUGCGUAAAACAUCCUCGCAGUACGACGAAGAUCAGUUGCUGAACUGUACCAUUUUAUCUUUUUUCAGUACGAGCGAUCAACACUUCGGCAUUGGGCCUAAUGUCUUGCUCCCCGGUCGAGGAAAGGACAUGGGCGAUGGAUGGGAGACCAAGCGCUCCCGCACACCAGAACACAAAGAUUGGUUGAUCAUUCAACUGUAAGUGUCUCGCUUUCUGUGUGACUUCCCUCCGUAUACAAAUUUACACGCCGUGGGGCUCUUUCCAAGGGCGGAAUCUGCAUACUUGUCAUACGCCGAAAUCGACACUCUUCACUUUCUCGGCAACUUUCCCGAAUCUGUUGCGCUGCAUGGAUUGGCACUCGCACCUGGCGCCCAACUCCCAACAGCUUUCGAGCAAGGCGACUGGGACGAGCUAGUGCCGAGGUCCAAGACGGGCCCUCACAAGAAGCACUUCUUCCCCAUCAAGUCCUCUGCUGACUCGAUCGCUGCAAAGGCUAAAGCAUACACACACGUACGUGUAGCCAUGUUUCCGGAUGGCGGGAUCAAACGGAUUCGACUGAUUGGCCGAAGAGCAAAGCACUUGGCGGAUUGGCCAGAAGACAAGGUCUUGCCUGAGAUCGCCUUGCCCAUCGAGUCCGAGACGAGCGGUCGUGAGAAAGAGCUGCCCGCUGCUCCUGCACCGCUCCAUGCUGCAAGCUCCUCCAACACCCCUCUUCAGAUUCCGGUCGAGGCAUUGACUACUGAGAACUAUGCAGCGUACGGAUCGGUCGUGGAACAUCCUUCACAGACAUCAUCCUCUCACAUGCUAGGCUCCACAGCAGGCACAGCUUUCAAGCAGGUGAAUCAAGGCACAGCUGAAAAGUACGUCGAUCAAUCUUUGGUGGUCUCCACUUAUCCUCAAGAAUCGAAAGCUGAGACUGCGAUUCAUACGUACCGAUGCUACCCUCAUCCAGCGCUCGAGAGUAGCUCUGGCCAAUUCUUUGAUGUGAAGCUGCUAGAGAGACAUAGGUACACUACGCAGGCUUUUUUACCUCUUGGCACUGGAGAAGAUCAGGCGUACCUGGUCAUUGUCGCUUUGAACGGAAAAGGUGAGCAAAGCUUGUGAUGAUGCCCUGCACUGCGCUGCGUGUGAUGAGCGUGUCAAGCUGAGGGUGAACUUUGUCCCGACUUUGUGCUCGAGCAGACGAUACGCCGGACCUCUCUACACUCAAGGCUUACUUGGUAUUCGGAUCGACAGGUAUCACUUAUGCCCCCGGAGUUUGGCAUCAUCCAAUGGUCGUCCUUCCCUCCUUCUCUGCGCCUCAAAAACCCAUCGACUUUGCGGUCGUAGUCAACGAAAGCAAGAUCCAUCCCCAGCUAGACUGCGAUGAGCAUCACUGGAAAGAGUCGAACCCUGCUUGUCGAAUACUUGUUAUGUAG